CCUAUAUUUUAUUUUUUUUCCAACCUGUCCGCUCGCCUCCUACGGCUCAUCUCCACCGCGACAUCUUCCUGCUUUCCCCGUCCUUCGUCGUCCGCCUUCCUUCCUUCCUGCUUUUCUUCUUCUUCUUAUCCAUUAUCCAUAUUUCCUCUUCUUUGAUGAAAGCCACCAAUCCACCCCCCACCACCCUAAUUCACUUCUCCCGCCCUUUCUUCUUUCUAUUCUUCCGCUCAAAAUCUACGUUGGAGGGAGCUAGAUUAGAGAGUGGGGAGGAAGAUGUUUGAUGGCUUGCUGGGUUCCAAGUUCUCCAACAACUGCAAGCAUGCGACGAAGCGUAUCAAAUCGCGGUUGGAUCCCAUAAGGAAGAAGAAGCAGGCGAUGCUCAAGUUUCUCAGGAAGGAUGUGGCCGAUCUCCUCGCAAACCGCCACGAUAUCAAUGCCUUUGGGAGAAUUGAAGGACUUAUAAUUGAAAUAAAUCAAGCAUCUUGCUAUGAGAUGAUAGAGCAGUUCUGUGAAUGUAUAUUGAAUCAUCUUCCUUCCCUACAAAAACAGAGGGAAUGUCCUGAAGAAGUCACUGAAGUUGCUUCGACACUGAUUUUUGCUGCGUCUAGAUAUCCAGACUUGCCUGAACUGUGUGAUCUCAGACAAAUAUUUACAGCAAAAUAUGGGACUAACAUGGAAUCAUAUGCCAAUACGGAGUUUGUUGAGAGGGUUCAACAGAAGUCAUUCUCAAAGGAGAAGAAAUUGCAAGUCAUUCAAGAUAUUGCUCGAGAGUUCUCUGUUAAAUUCGAUUUGAAGGCAUUGGAGCGGAAAUUAUCUAAUCCUCCUGGACCAGAAGUUGAACGGCCAAAGAAACAUACUUCUUUGCCCGCUGGUGAUGAAGUUGUAUCGCAGCCAACUCCAGUGGUUUUUGUGCAUAAACAAGAAGUGCACGUAGAAGCCAGAGAUAUUCAUGUAAUGUGUGAUGUCAGCUCUGGCGACUCGUAUGACCAUGUUGAGAAGACUAGAAAGGUUAAAGAUACUGAACAGGAGGAUGUGGUGCUAAAUAAUCGAAUGCUGAGAUACAAUUACAAAGAAAUUCAGAAAGAUGAUCAAGUUAAAGGUGACUCUGCUUAUAGCAGGAGGCCAAAGGUCCAAGAAGGGCUGGUCCAGGAAUAUGCUGCAAUGAAAUAUCCGGAAGGUAAAAUCAGAAAAAUGGUUCCUCCAUACACCAAAAAUGGGGGGACUAAGAAUGGAAACUUCAUGGAAAAGAACAGUGAUGGCUUGGCUUCUGAGAAGGCUGAGUUUAUUCAUUGUGGCCUAGAGAAGAAGCAAGGAGCUGGCUCACUGAACGGCAAAUCCAUCAAUGCAGUUCCUCUCUACGCUAAACUGAAGGUAUCUAAAGAUGGAAACAAUGCGGACAAAGAGACAUAUGAUGAUUUGUCCUAUGAUAGAACUAGUCUUGCAGAGUCAGAACAUUCUAUCCAUGAAAGGCGACCAGUUAAACCACUAAACAGAGGGAGAGGGGUCAAUCUCGUUCCUCCAUAUGUGAAGCCAAAUACAAACAAUCUGUUGGCACAUGAUGAUAGGUCUGACUGUGUCAAACAUAAAGAUUCUAUGAAUGGUGAUGAGAGGACUACACCAAUGUCUGUUCGGAGAAAUUUUGCAAGGCCACGAUUUGUCCAAACUAAUGAGGGGGCGGUCGAUGAUGAGAAGAUUGUUAGCCGAACACCAGGCGGUCAAAGACGACUCAAGAGCAGGGGGGCUGGUGAUGAUUAUGACGAGAAGCACAUGGAUAGUUACCGUCAACCAGUGGGGGAUGAGAAAGAUAAUGCUAUCAACUAUGGCAGGCUCCUUCAUCAAACGGCAAGCGGCCAAAGAAAACACACGAGUCAACGGCGUGAUGCUAACUACGAUGGUGACAAUUAUGGUGAUAAAGUUGUAGACGAGCACCCAAACGCAGUAGAUGGUGAGAUUGACAAUGCUAUCGAUUAUGGCAAGUUAUUGCAUCAAGCUCCAAGCGCUCGAAGAAGACAUACGAGUGGAAGAACUACAUGCGAUGAGGGCUAUGAUGAGGAAGAAGGGAUGAUGGACAAGCUCUUGUAUCAUUACAGCAAGAAGGGUUCGGUUAAUAAUGAACUAUCGAAGGCGAAAACAAGAAUGAAGACUCUUCCUGCCGAUCCUGCUGUCAUAGAUCGAGGUAGAGUUGACAGUAAAGCUGAUUCUCAAAUGAGGGAUUCAGCUGCCCAUGCCCCGGAAAGAGCAGUUUCUCUUCCGGCUGAGCUGUUAAGCCCUGCAGAAGCCACCAGGGUACCUGAUCGGUCCACGUCGAUGCAACCCGACUUGUUCGGUCCUAACGGCGGGCAUGUCCAUCCUCGAAUGCCGGAUUACGAUGAGUUGGCUGCCCGGAUUAGUGUGUUGAGGAUGGCAUAAGAGAACCCCUAUAUAUUGUUCCUUUUUAACUCUUAUUUAUACCUCUUCAUUCGUUCAGAUACUACAGCGCCACCAAAGACGGGUCCUUCCUGUUAAAUCUUAUGCUCAAUCUUAGAAAUGUAGGUGUACGAUUGUAAUGCAUUGCCAUGACGAUUCAUAUUUAGAUUUGUCUUGUUUUCCUUCUUGAUCAUUGAAAAAGAUCAAGAAUGUCUA